AAUGGCUAUGAGUGAAAAAUUCCCGAAAGAAUAAGAAUUAUAUAGAGUGCUCUCUUAAUGUGCAUAUAGAAAUCAGUAUAAUUCAUUUAUAAUCAUAAUCUAGUAAUUUAGUUGCUAAUGAUGCUGCAAAUAUUUUAUACAAUUACCCAAAAUUAUUCAAUCCACUAAUCACAUAAACAAGUAAAAAAUUAUUUAAAAUUAAGGUGAAUAAGGUAUAAUUAAACAAUUAUUGGAAUUAAAAGGAGAGUGUAUAUAUAUAUUUCAUCAUUAGUGCCAAUUAAAUAUAAAGGAUAAACUUACUCUAUUAUAACAUCCAUCUCAUUUCCUUUUAUUUAUUCAGAUGCUCCAGCUAUUAUUAGAAUUUAUAAUCCUGACAUAACAAAAUUUUCUGUGAAUUAAUAUUUCAUUCAAGGGGCUUCUCAAGAUCAAUCUGUUGUAAAUAUCCAUAAUUAGGAAUUACAAACUUGGUAUCAACAUAAAUCUAUUGUAAAUUUGAUUAUCUAUUAUUAGGCAAGAGUAAUGGUCACUUUAGUUAGAGAAUUAGAAGCACAUUUUCCAUUCUUCAACAGAGUAGUAGCUUAAACCAAUUAAAUGUAUUAUUAAAUCAAAUAUAUUAGGGGAAUUCCAUAAUAGCCUAUUGCAUAAAUACCAUAAUAAUACACAAAUCAAACACAAUAAUUCUACUAAAACUCAACCUAAGGUUAUAAUUAAUAUUCAAAUAUCCCUCCUAAUUAUUAUAAUAACCAAUCCCAACCUUAUAAUCCAUAUGCUGCUCCAUAAUAAUAAUAAUAGCCAUAGGGUUAAGGUUAUUAUUAACAAAACAACAAUUAAUCUUAAAUUGAAUAAAGACUUAAGGAAAAAUGUAAUUAAAGUAAAAUUUUAGUUUAUUAAUAUAGUGUUAAGUGAAGAUUUGAAUUAAAUUUAAAAUGAUUACAAAAUUUUGCAUUAACAUCAUGAUAAAUUAAUUGAUGAAAUCAUAAAAUAGGAAACCAAAAAAAUAUAUUUAUAAAGUUUAGAAAAUUAAAUUGAGCAAUCUUUAGUGCUAUUAGAAAAUGAGAAUAAAAUAUUAACUGAGUUUGUUGAGAAAAAUGACGUAUUAGAGUAUAAAUUUUACGCAUCUUAGGCUAAAUGAAGAAACUAUCUUUUAGAAUAUAAAAGAAAAUGAUUAAUUCUCCAUAUAAAUCUUAGAAUUAUAUUCAGAUAUUCAAGCAUGCAGAGAAACUUUGCAUUUUAUUGUAACCAAAUUUAAGAAUUUUAAUUUACCAUUUGAAACUGUUAUUAAAGUAAAAUAAUAUAUAUUAUAUCUAAUAGAUGACUCGUAGAUAUUCAGAAGAGUAAUUUAAUAAUAUUUUAUUAUUAAAGAAAUAUACAUCAUCAUCAAAAAAAUUAUGA